UCACAUUGGCAUUGGUGGUGAAACCAAUAUGAAAGUACGCUGUACGCGUGCCGGACGAAUAGGCCUACCAUUGAUCAUCUGGGGAAACUAAUCUAGUGUUUCACGUUAUGCUUGAUGGGAAAAUCUUUUUUACUUUGUGGUCAAACGCAAUCAUUUCGGAGACAUGGCCAGCUGGUGUCUCAUCAGUGGCCUCAUCCGGAGGCUUAAGUGUGGUCGCGGUCCUCCUGACAAUCCGCUGAAAGUGUUGGCGAGCAUGAGAGACGGCUUUGCUAAUGUCGCAUCACAAAGAGAUUUGGUGUAUGCCCCAAGAAUGAGCUAUAUGAUGACAAGACUGUUUCAUGUGUCUCGUAAUGACUGUGGCAAAAGAAAACCAAAGGGAACGCAACAAAAGAGGAAUCCUCUGAAAAUGAACAAAAAAAGCGGCCUGGAACGAGCUACUGUCCACAAUGAGAUGACCAUCAUAGAACUGUCUCAAGCCUUGAAAAAAUCUACAGAUCAUGUGUAUGAAGUGCUGAUGUCUGUACCAAACACAGAUGACUAUGAUCAUGAUGAAGCAGUUUUAGACAGAGCAACUAUAACCAAUGUUGUGAAAAGAUCCGGAAUGAUUCCAGAAUUUGUUGGCCGCAAAGAGAAGAAGAGUGGCACGGAAAGUCAAAACAAAGAUGUUGUUAGACAGCCAGCCCCUGACCCAGAUGUCUUGGUGAAGCGUCCGGCUGUUGUGACCAUCAUGGGACAUGUAGACCAUGGGAAGACCACACUCCUGGACAGGCUGAGGAAUUCUAACAUCGUUGAUCGAGAGUUUGGGGGCAUCACUCAACAUAUUGGAGCUUUCUUAGUGACCUUGGAGUCAGGGGAGUCGAUCUGUUUCCUGGACACACCUGGUCAUGCAGCCUUCAGUGCUAUGAGGUCACGGGGAGCCCAUCUGACGGACAUCAUUGUGUUGGUUGUUGCUGCGGACGACGGGGUUAUGCAGCAAACCUUGGAGUCCAUCCAACUGGCCAAAUCUACUGGGGUUCCCUUGAUUGUUGCUAUCAACAAAAUUGACAAAAACAAUGCUGAUGUGGAGCGUGCAAAAAAUAUGUUGUUAGAACACCAGAUCAUGCUGGAGGAGUUUGGUGGAGAUGUACAGGCUGUGCCCAUCUCCGCACUGCAGGGCACCAAUCUGUUGGAGCUACAGGAAGCCAUUGUGACGCAGGCUGAGCUCAUGAGCCUACGGGGUGACCCAGUUGGGCUGGUGGAAGGCAGCGUGGUGGAAGCAAGGCUUGAUAGCAAGAGAGGUCGUUUAGUGACGGCGGUGAUACAGAGGGGAACGUUGAAGAGAGGAGAUAUUCUUGUGGCUGGGACAGCUAUGGCUAAGGUGCGUGGGAUGUUUGAUGACCUCAAUCAGCCUGUGCAGCAAGUUUUGCCAGGGAAUCCUGUGGAGAUUCUCGGCUUCAAGGAGACUCCUUCGGCAGGGGAUGAAAUCUUACAAGUUGCCUCAGAGUCUGAAGCAAAGUCAGCACUAGCGUGGCGUCAUGCACAGCAGAUGCUUCGCAAGCAGGAGGAAGACUCUAUGGUCAUCUCAGAGAAGCGAGAGGAACACCACAAAGACUACCACGCGCAGUUGGUCGCUCGACGUGAGGCUGGAUUUUACCGCCAGCGUCGCCGUGGUCUGCGUACCAGUGAACAGCAGGAGGAGUCUGAUGACCCACAGUUCUCUCUUAUACUCAAAGGAGAUGUUGAUGGCUCUGUGGAAGCAAUUCUUGACACCUUAGACACAUACAGAUCUAAAAAAUGCAGACUUGACAUUAUCCACUUUGGUGUUGGUAACAUUACGGAAUCUGAUGUAGAGAUGGCAUCAGCCUUCAAAGGUGAAAUUUAUGCUUUCAAUGUGGAAGUCCCUUCAAAAGUGAUGGAACUUGCCAAGGGCAAAGGUGUCAAGAUUAGGCAACACAAUGUCAUUUACAGGCUGUUUGAUGACCUGAAGGAAGGCAUCAAUGCUAAGCUGCCUAAGCUGCAAGAAGAUGUUGUUAUAGGUGAGGCAAAAGUCUUGCAAGUGUUUCAAGUGACUCUGCCCAACAAGAAGAGAACAUUUGUAGCCGGUUGUCGGUGCACCCAUGGAAAUCUCUCCAAGAAGUUUGGUGUGAAAGUUCUUCGCAAUGAUGAGACUAUUUAUGAAGGUCAGAUCCUGUCUCUAAAGCACUUCAAGGACGAGGUUGACAGCAUCAAGAAAGAGCAAGAGUGUGGGGUCAGUCUGGACGACCCUGACAUUGUCUUUCAGCCCCAAGACCAGAUUAUCAGCUUCGAGGUCAAGGACAUUGAUCAGGAGAUUGACUGGGACCCUGGCUUUUGACCAAGGAUCAACUCUAGGAUAUGAACAUGUACAUUAUAUGACAGUGUACUUUUCACUUUUACAUUGUGCGAUAUUUACAUUAGGAAUUCUAUAGAGGACUCUAUUCUGGCAGGCUUCUUACUCAACAUCUGCAAUUUGAAAAGAUUCUUUUUUUUUUUUAACUUGUUCUCUUUUUGGGUGGGGGGCUAAUCAAUACUGUGCUGAACAAUACUGUUUUUUGGUCAGUCAACUGAUCUAUAUUUGCUGUACUGUAUUACACAUGUACUUCUUUUCGUAAGGACAAUCUGAUUUCUUUUUUUUAAAAUUGUUUCUGUAGCUCUUGCACUUAAAGAUUUACCAAACAAUAAAAACUUGAAUAAUGCUGAAAUGAGGUAUCGGGGGAGUCACUCCAAGAUUGUGACUCCUGGACAGCUUGCCUGCCUUUUGCUUUUUGAUAGGAGGUUUAUCUUUUCCUGAGAGCUCUGUUAAGUCUUACAAAUUUUUAUUGCUUAGCAAGCUAGUCCUGUUGUAUGAUUGUGGUGUCAGCAAGAUGGCUUUGUUGAUGGAGUCCAGUAGGACUCACAAAUCUGGUCAACUGUCCUUGAAGCUCCUGAAUAAGUCAUGGCAGAAAAGAAGAUUCAUUCCUGGCAGAUCCGAUGAUAAUUUUGUUUAUAUAUAUAUAUAUAUAUAUAUAGAGAGGCAUCGUGUU